AAAUGGGUCGUUUGGAUUUGGGUCAGAAGUGUGAUGGGCUAUUUGUGAUACGCAGGACAAUGGAACAGUGAAGAGAGCCGGAAAAAAGAAAGGGAAAAGGGAAAAGAAAAGAGAAAUGCAAAGAUAAACUAGGGCAAAAUAAAAUAGGUUUUCAUUCAUUCCCAUAAAAGAGGAUAAUGACAACCUAUAUAGAGGAAAAAAUCAUGAAAACGAUCUAAGGAUUACAGUUGGAUAAUCUACUCAAUAUGCCAUCUCAGUACCAUUCUAGGUAGGACUUAGUUUAUAUAAGACAAAGGAAAUUAAGGGGUCAAUGUGUAAUUUAAGGAACUUCUAAUUUAAAAGAUAAGGGACUUCAAAUAAACAUUCCUAAAACUCUUUAAUCCUAACUAAUUGACCGUUAUGUCUCAACUAUGUAGCGCAAUGUAUAACUUCCGCAAGCUCCUCUGUUUUACUCCGUAUCCGAUCCCCUUGUCAAAAUCUUCCUUGUCCUCAAGGAAGAAAAGAAGGGAAUCUAACCAUGAAGGAGUGGUAGUCUUCCCAAGUAGCCUGCUCAGGAGGUAGUUGAUCACAUUGUAUCAAAACUUGAGUAACUGCCUUGUUCCCUUUUUGGACCAUGCGUCGAUCAAGGAUUUUCUGAGGAUUUGGGCAGUAGGGGCUGGAUAUGUCAAGGACAAGAGGGUGAGAGAUAUUGGCAGGUAAGUUGUGGCAUAAUUUGAGUUAGGAAACAUGGAAAGUGUGAUGGAGAAGUAACGGGGGUGGGAGGGACAAUUUGUAUGCCACAGGAUAAAUUUUUUGUAAGACUUGGUAUGGUCCAUAGUACUUAGCUGAGAGCUUUGAGAAAUGGGAACCUGAUAGUGUCACUUGUCUAUAGGUUUGAAUUUUGAGGUAAACCCAGUCUCCCACUUUGAAUUUCCUAUCUGAGCGAUGCUUGUUAGCCUGAGUAGUCAUUCUUUGUUUUGCUCGUUGGAGAUGAUGUUUGAGGAGUUGCAGUUUGAAUUCUCUUGUUAAGAGGCUUCUAUCAACCUCUUCGACAGCUGAGUCACCUGCUACAUAGGGUAAAUGGAGGGGGGGAGGUUGGCCAUACAAAGCCUCAUAUGGUAUUGUUUGUAUAGAAGAGUGAAAGGUAGUAUUAUACCACCACUCAGCAGAAGAAAGGUAUGAACAACAAUCAGAUUGUGAUUCAGAACAAAAGCAUCUGAGAUAUAUUUCAAGGCAUCUAUUGAUGACUUCUGUUUGGCCAUCAGUUUGAGGGUGGUAUGCCGUGGAUAUAUUAAGUGUCACCCCAUGCAUAGAGAAUAAUUCCUGUCAAACUUUACUGGUGAAGAUGGGGUCCCUGUAACUUACUAUGUCUUCAGGCAUGCCAUGAAGUUUGUGAAUCUGUUCCAUGAAGAGGUUGGCCACUUCUGAUGCUGAAUAAGGGUGAGAGAGACUCAGGAAGUAAGCAUACUUAGUGAGUCUAUCAACUACUACAAGAAUCACAAUCUUUCCUUUUGAUUUGGGUAGUCCCUCUAUAAAAUCCAUGCUGAUACUACUCCAAGCUAUGACUGGCAACUUCAAGGGCUGUAGGAGUCCUGGAUAGGGAGACCUAUCAUACUUAUGCCUUUGGCAAAUGUUACAGCCAUUGACAUAAGUAUGAACAUCUUAUCUCAACCCUUUCCAAUAAAACAGUGAUGCUAUCCUCCUGUAUGUUAGUUCAAUCCCAGAGCCCCCCCAUAGGGGAAUCAUGCCACAGCUGCAUAAUGUUCUUCUUCAAGCUAGAGUCUGGACCAAUCACCAAUUUGCCAUGUCUUCUAAGUUGAUCAUGAAUGAAAGUGUAGCCUUGUACCUCUGUACCCCUCUUUAGAGUCUGAAUCAAGGCAGUCAAGUCUGGGUCUAAGUUCCAACUUUGAGUGAUCAGACUAAGCAAGUCAGUUUGAAUAGAAGAUAAGGUAAGGGCAGCUAGUUCAGCUGCAGGCAGUCUAAAUAAGGCAUCAGCCACCUUGUUUUUCUUACCCUUCUUGUACUCAAUUAUGAAAUCAUAUUGCAUCAUCUUUGCUAUCCAUUUCAAUUGUGACCAUGUAUGCAAGGAAUUUUGGAGCCUUUUGGUCAGUCUUCACUGUCCUUCUUGAGUAAAUCAGUAAGUGGCUUGCUAAGAACUCCAUAACCCCUGAUGAAUCUUCUAUAGUACCCAGCUAGGCCCCAAAAAUCUCUUAGCUGUUUGAUGUUAGUAGGUUUAGGCCAUCCUUGGAUUGCCUCAAUUUUCUUGGGGUCAGUUGUCACUCCUUCAGCAGAAAUAUAAUGUCCUAAGUAUUCAAUCGUAGUUGCUGCAAAUACACACUUACUCCCUUUAGCAAAAAGCUGGUGUUGUACCAACAAUUCAAAGGUGAGUCUGAGAUGUUGCUCAUGCUCAUCUAAUGUUUUGCUGAAAACUAGAAUAUCAUCAAAGAACACUAGGAUAAACUUUCUCAAAUAUGCUUGAAAAAAUAUGGUUCAUAAGCCCUUAAAAACUAAAAGGAGCAUUGGUCAAUCUAAAGGGCAUGACCAAGUAUUCAUAGUAUCCUGAGUGUAUUUUAAAGGCUGUCUUGUGCACAUCAGAGGGUGCCAUUCUAAUCUGAUGAUAGCAUGCUCUUAGAUCUAUCUUUGAAUAAAUUUCUAACCCUAUGAGUUCAUCCAAUAACUCCUCAACGAUAGGUAUGGGAAAUUUAUCCUUAAUUGUGACUUUGUUUAGAGCUCUAUAAUCAACAUACAGUCUCCAUGAGCCAUCCUUCUUUCCAACUAAUACCACAGGUGAGGCAUAAGAGCUAGAACUAUACUUGAUGAUCCCUUGAGCCAUCAUUUCCUUCACCAUGUCUUCUAUCACAUUAUUUUGUAUUGGGGAGUAUCUGUAAGGUCUAGAAUUAACAGGAGCACUGCCUUCAACUAAGGGAAUGUGAUGGUCAAACACUCCUCUUGAAAGAGGCAAAUGUUUAGGUUCUUGGAAGAGUAUGCUAUAUUCAGUGAGUAAUGUUUGGACUGGUAUAGGAAUUUCCUCUUAUUUCUGAGAGCUUGCAGUUGGAGACAUGUUGGCAGAACAGACCUUGAUCAUGAAGAUCUUGAUGUCUCCUAACUUACACAACCAUUGAAUUCCCAACACAACGUCACAACUGCCUAUAGGAAGCACUAGGAAGUCAUCUUGGAAAAGAACCCCUUACAUGAACCACUUGAAGACCUUGCUUCCCUUAACAUAUUGGAUGAUCCUGCCAUCAGCUACAGAUACAUUGUGAGGGUGUAUUUGGCUAAUUGUGUAACCUAUUCUCUUGGCAGGCUUCUCAUUGAUGAAGUUGUGGGUGGAGCCACAAUCAAUGAGAACAUUUAUAGGAUUUUGUUCAGGAAGCCCUGUAUCCUGAGAGUUUUGUAGCCCUUAGUGCCAUUCAAGGCUUGCAGAGAUAUUUCACAGUUCUCAAUAGGGUUUGCUACUUCUUGAGGCUCUUCAAUAUCCUACACUUCCACCUCUGUUUCCUCACUGUCUCCCAGUUCUUCUGUAUUUAUUUCCAUGAAGUAUAUGCGCCUUUUAGCCUUGCAUUUAUGCCCCGGUGUGAACUUUUCAUCACAGAAGAAACAUAUACCUUGGGCCCUUUUCUCAUCAAUUUUAGCUGGUGUAAGUCUUCUUUUCCUGAAACCAUCUAGGUUGGCAGUCACAGGUGGUUUGUAGGUAGGUGUAGCAGCCUUUGCCCACCCAGUAGAGCCUUGUCCUUGAAGUGUUAUUACAACAUAAUGCUGAUGCACUGCAGAUGCUGCUUUGAUAGCCUUGCUUUAUGCAAUAAAGCUGGCCUCAUGUAGCCUGGCCAAGUAGUAGGCUUGUGGUAAACUGCUAGGAUUACCAAUUCUCACAACAUUGCUGAUUUUAGGCUUAAGAUUAUUCAGGAAUAUACUAAUAGCAUGUUCAACUGACAGAUUCAUCUUAGUCAUUACACUAUUGAAAGCCUUUUGGUAAUCCUUCACACUCCUAGUAUGCUUGAUAUUCAUAAUCUCAGUCAUAGGAUCAGAAUACUCAGCUCCAAAGCUAUCACAUAAAGCCCAUAAGUAUUCAUCCCAAGUAGGAAGUGGCAUUUGUCCUCUACUUCUCAUAUAGCCUAAAUGCCAUUGUAGAGCAUUCCCUUCAAAAUGCAUGGAAACUAGCUUCAUUUUCUGCUGGAUAGUAAGGUCUUCAUCGGAAAAAAAUUGCUCUACCUUGUACAACCAUGUCCUAAGGUCUUCACCAUUGAACUUGAGAAAUUCAACCUUGUGGUACUUGGUAAAAGGUAUACUGGGUAAUGUCACAUUGGGAGUGUUUGAGUUGUGGAAUUGGUUGGUGGUGGGGACAUUCUGAUAAGGAUAGGGAGUGGAUACUUAUGGGGUCUGGUGGUAUAAGGGUGGUGGCAUAUGUGUGCUUGGAUUAUAGUAGGCAGAAGGAAAUUGGCUGGGCUGGUUAUAUGUUUGGUGGUAUAAGAGUGGUGGCACUAGUGGCGAGCCUUGAGGUUGUGUGGUUUGAUAAUACCUUCCUGGGUGAUUAGGAAGGUGGGGUGCUAAGGGUACUAUUGUUCUAGGGAAGGGGUUUUGAAAAACCUGCAACCCUAUAGCUAGAAAAGGAGAAGAUUGUAGCUGAGAGGUUAUGGGAUUCUGAAUAUACAGAGAAUGACUAGGGUUUAUGGGAAUUUAAGGAGCUGAGGUUGUAAAGUUGGUAGUCGAAUUAGUUUGAGUGUUAGGAAGAACCGAGCUAACAGCAAGGAGGUUCACUGGUAUUGUAGAGGUAUUAGCUCCAUUAGAGCUAGGGGAAGCUAAGUCACCAAAAUCAAAGGGUUUAUCAUUUGGAGAAUAAAGCUCACCUCCACUUUGGGUUACCGAUUUGUCACGUUCUGGCCUCUUUCCUCCGUGGAUAACUUCAUUGAGCACUUCUCUAAGCUCACUCAAAGCUUCCUCCUGAUUCUUGUUACUUUGCUCUUGGUUUGCCUCCAACAGACUUUGUCUAGCUGUUAAGCUUGACAUAUCGAGUGAGAUAUUUUUGAGCACCUCCAUAACAUUGCUAAUAUUAUCAGCCAUGGUCAUCCACAGAGCCAAGAAUUUCUCUGAUACCACUGAUACGCAGGGCAAUGGAACAGUGAAGAGAGCCGGAAAAAAGAAGGGAAAAAGGGAAAAGAAAAGAGAAAUGCAAAGAUAAACUAGGGCAAAAUAAAAUAGGUUUUCAUUUAUUCCCAUAAAAGAGGAUAAUUACAACCUAUAUAGAGGAGAAAAUCAUGAAAAUAACCUAAGGAUUAUAGCUGGAUAAUCUACUCAAUAUGCCAUCUCAGUACCAUUCUGGGCAGGACAUAGUUUAUAUAAGACAAAGGAAAUUAAGGGGUCAAUGUGUAAUUUAAGGAACUUCUAAUUUAAAAGAUAAGGGACUUAAAUAAACUUCCCUAAAACUCUUUAAUCCUAACUAAUUGACCGUUAUGUCUCAACUAUGCAACGCAAUGUAUAACUUUCGCAAGCUCCUCUGUUUUACUCCGUAUCAAUUUGUGAAAAUGGUGUUGAUGGAGUUUUGCAUGUUCAGAAUUCUUUGGUGCAUUUUUAUAGUUGUUGUGGGUUAAUUGUCUUGCAAGGCAGGUUUUUGAUGAGAUGCAGAAAGAGAUAUUGUGUCUUAGAACAACAUCGUGAAUGGAUAUGUGUAAGUGGGUGGAUUAGUUAUUGUGCAACAGAUGUUUGAUUCAAUACCACACAGAAUUUGGUUGGGUAAAAAUAUCAUGAUAGCUGGGUAUUUGAAUUUGAAUAACCCUCCAAAGUGCCUAAAGUCAUUCUGAGAAAUGGUACAGAGGGGAUUGAAUAAGAACGAUGCAACUGUAGUCAUUGUGCUUACUAUUGUGCUUGGUCAGCUCGAAUGAACAAAAGAAAAUCUGUUCAUGGGGAUCGAAAAUUGGUUCGACAUUCUUAAAAAGGUGAAAGAACGAAAAAUGUGGGGGUGGGGGUAUUGGUUAACAUGAAGGGUGAGAAAGAGUAUGAAAAAAGACGACAACAACAGCAACAAUCCCAGUAUAAUCUCACGAGUGGGGUCUGUGGGGUAGUGUGUACGCAGACAUUAACCCUACCUGGAGGGUAAAGAGGUUGUUUCCGAUGGACCCCCGCCUCACCCGAGGACAAGACAUUACUCCUCCAUCAACUACUCCAGGAACUAGAUCCUAAGGGAGACAAAUCCAAAAUUAUCACUGAUACAAGGUAAUAGUUAGGCUAAAGAAGUAAACUAAAUUUUUUAUCUUAGAGGACUAAUUACAAGUACAGAUAAGAAAAAACACAUACAAAUUCAAUUGAACACCCAUAAAAUCGAAGUAACUCAACUAAUCGGCAGGGAAUGGUAAGCAAUCCGAAGUAGACUAGACAACACAACUUUAGGGUACGGGUAAUCUCGCAAAAAUUUGCCUUAACUAGAACAAAUAAUUACUAACAAGGAAGGGGGAUAAGAAAAAGUGACUGGAUGCCCGGAGGUACCAACUCCAGAGGGAAAGAACUUGGAUAUAGUCGGGGAGUCGAGGCGUUGCUAAAGAACCAGACGAGUCGGUUACAGCCACGUGCCGCCAUGCGCCGCCACUGCCGCUAACUGUAACUGUUGAAUUGUCGUCGUGAACCCUACAUGCCACUCUGAUUUACUUGGAAAAUGGAAGGAGAAGAAGAAGAAAAAAAGGGGGUCGUCGCUGCCUCUAAUACCAUUGUACAGUGGGUAGUGGAGGUGGGACGGGAAGGCAAGAGAGGCGGAGAGUAGAGGAGAGGUGAAAGAGAGGAGAGAGAAAGAAGGGGGAAACAAAAAACAGGGGAAUAAGAUAGGGUGGGGGAAGCAGCAAAGAACAGGAAAAAGAGAAGGGGGUUCGAAAGAGAAGGGUUUCCGGCAUGGGGGAAAGAGAGGAGAGAGAAGGGGGGAGAGAGGAGAGAGGAGAGAAAAAGACUACUUACCUGGCGGGUUUCCGGCGAAUGUUUCCGGUGUGGGUCACGGGCGUAGGAAGGGUGGGUGGGGGGCAGAAGGACGUUAAGGAGAGCGAGGAGAGAGAAAGAGAGUGAAGAACCAACAUCUCAGAUCCUCAAGUGAAAUAUUUGAGUAUGAAAAAAGAGAAAGUCAAAAAAUAAAAGGGAAAAGUCAAAAAGGUUAUAUUUUUGUUUUAUGCAAAAAUAAAAAAUAACAUGGACUAUUUUUAUUUGUUGUGGAUUCCUACAUUAGGUGAUUGAGGGACACACAAUGUCGGAGGGGUUUAAAAUAUCAUUUUUGAACAAGUUCGGGUAUCCAGCUGAAAUUCUAUGGGAUAGGAGACUGGGAUGUCAAAACUGAACAAGUAGAAGUGUCUAUCAGACUAUUUUGCCAUCUUGGUUAAACAUACUUCAACAAUUUCUAGUUCCUAUCGUGAUCUCUAGAUAAGGUGUAAGCAAGUUGUCAUUCCCUUUGAAUGCUAACUGAGCUUACUGAAAAUUUCUCUUGAAACCAUGUCUGUCUUUUUUUGAUUAGGUACAUCUUUUUUGUUACACUACUGAGCAUCCCAGAAUCGAGCUUUUCAGAUGCCUUUCGAAUGUUUGACCUUGACAAUGAUGGAGGAGUUGACAAGGAAGAAUUCAAGAAAAUGAUGGAACAUAUGCGAACUGCUAAUAGACAAGGUGCUUGCCAUAGAAAUGGACUUCGAUUUGGACUAAAAGUUACUGGUUCCGUAGAGGAAGGAGGACUCUUGGAGUACUUCUUCAGCGAAGAUGGAAAUGGGCGCCUUGAGCAAGAAAGAUUUGUACAGUUCUUAAGAGAUUUACAUGAUGAAAUAUUACGUUUGGAAUUUGCCCAUUAUGACUACAAGUCACAAGGAAGCAUUUCUGCCAAAGAUUUUGCUUUAUCAAUGGUUGCAUCUGCUGAUAUUAGUCACAUCAAUAAGUUUCUCGAUCGAGUAGAAGAUCUGGAUGAUAAACCACAUUUUAGGGAUUUACGCAUUACGUUCGAGGAAUUCAUGAGCCUCGCUAAGCUACGCAAAGAACUUCAGUCAUUUUCUCAGGUCAUCUUAAGCUAUGGGAAAGUAAACGGACUCUUGUCUAAGCAAGAGCUAAAAGGAGCUGCUAAGCAAGUUUGUGGCAUAUCCCUUACUGAUAACGUGGUGGAUUUGAUAUUUUUCAUGUUUGAUUUGGAUUAUGAUGGGUCUUUAAGUUCAGAUGAGUUUUUAAGAGUAUUGCAAAGAAGAGAGCCAGAGAGUUCAGAACAAAGAGAGUCAGUUUCCGGGAGCUUCUUCUCUGGCUGGCUGGACUCGACAAAAACUAGUUUUGCUUCCAAGACCACUGGCUAAUUGAUUUUGAUUUACUAACACCUUUUCACCGUUGAGAGAAUGAUUCAAACACAACGGAUACCGAUAAAGAUUGUAGGGAAUCCAACAUUUUGUAUUUGUCUUUUAUCAAUAGGAAUUUUAUAAAGGGAGUUGAAAUUUCAGAUUUUUUAAAUCUAUGCAUUGUACAAUAUCUGCAUGUAUAAUAAUUCAUUGAUAAGCAUUGAACGUACAAUAGUUU